UUGACAAGGCAAUGGAUAGUCGCUAUGAAAAACAAAGAAGAGAGGAUUUUGAAUCAAGGCAUCGAUUGCGACUCGUAGUUGUUAAGUCAAAAAUUGAGGAGCAUGCAGCAUCAAUAUAUACAAGAAACAUUUUUGGGAAGUUUCACGAUGAGUUUAUAAAGAUUAUUCAAUUUAGGAGGGAAAAACUUGAAAAAGAAGGGUCUCAGAAUAGAUAUAAGGUAUCUAAUGAUUAUGAUUCGAAAGACACAUUCAUAGUUUGUGUGGAUCUGGAGACAAAGGUUGCUACUUGUGAAUGCCAGCUUUUUCAAUUUAUGGGAUUGCUAUGUAGGCAUAUCUUGGUGAUUUUUCAUUCAAAAAAUGUUGUAGAAAUUCCAGCAUGUAUAUUUUAAAGCGUUGGACAAAGGAUGCUAACAAAGGUGCUGUGUUUAUUGAAGAUGGACCAGAGUCUUCCUCUACAGGAAACUCAUCAACUUUGCGAAGUUUACAUGUACACAAACAAGCAAGUUUGUUACCUGAUCUUGCAGCAAAAUCUGAGAAAAUAUAUAAGCUGAUAUCAUCUGAUUUGGAGGAAACAUACAAAAAAGCUUUGAUAAUGGAAGCUGAAUUAGACAAUGAGAGCGACAUAAUUCCUCCAGAUGCAAGUUGUCAAAAUCUGAUACAUGAGCAACCAAGUGAGUCUUCAGAACCAAUUAUCAGAGAUCCACUCCCAUCACAAACUAAAGGAAGAAAAAAAGAUUCAAUCAAAGAGACUCAAAAUGGAAGGAUCAAAAGCAGUCUAGAGUUAUCGGUAAACCGAACAACAGUCAAAAGAAGAUGCCAAGUUUGUGGUCUACACGGUCACAAUAAGCGAAGUUGUAAGGAAAAAGAUAAAAGAUCAUGAUGCAUUGAAGAUUUUUCUGCAAAAGAUAAGCAAAGGAGGAUAUUUGAUUACAUUGGACCCUCAUUCAACUCUGGUGCUUAAUUUGUGUGCAGAAAAGAAGGAUAUCAAACACAACAUCUAUUUUAUUACCUUUUGUAUUUUUUUCUUUUGAACAAUUGUAUUGCCUUGUUUACUUUUAUUUUGGAGACAAUGUUUAUGUUGCUUAAAUAUUGAUACAACAACUGCCCAUUCAGCCAACAUUUUUGAUGCAGCA